GCCAUCUACUAAAGAAUAUUUGAACUGCUUGACAAUAAACAUAACCGCACUCUUGUAUUAUCAGUAGUUUCAUACAAUUUGCUCGAUUUGUACAUUUACGAUGGAAGAAACAGCUGUGGUGAUAAAGGCAAAACCACAGCGAAAAGUGGUGAGAGCCACGAAAGUGAAUAAAAUUCCGGAGCACAUCUUGAAGAACCCUAAAUUGCAAAGGGCCAUUGAAGAUCUCCCGAGCAACUACAACUUUGAGAUUUACAAAACGCUAUGGCGCAUCGAAGAAUUGAAAGCGACAAUGGUGGCUCUUCAAAUGCCAGAAGGACUGCUCCUCUACUCAACAACAAUAGCUGAUAUCAUUUUGGAGUUCACUGGAGCCGAAUGCCUGAUCAUGGGUGACGUAACUUAUGGGGCUUGCUGCAUCGAUGAUAUCACUGCUAAAGCAUUGGGGGUGCAACUGUUGAUUCAUUAUGGACACAGCUGUUUAGUUCCAAUGGAUCCUAAAGCUGGACUCAAGGUGCUCUAUGUAUUUGUUGACAUCAAAAUAGACCCAUUACAUUUAAUAGAAACAAUCAAAUUGAAUUUUGAUGCAAAAACGAGAUUGGGUUUAGUAAGUACGAUCCAGUUUAUAUCCACACUGCAGGCAGUUAGCAAGGAGUUGGAUGCUGCAGGAUACCACACAAAGAUACCCCAAUUUAAACCGCUAUCUCCUGGUGAAAUCCUUGGAUGCACUGCACCUGUUAUGACUUGUGUUGAUGCGAUCAUCUAUCUGGGGGAUGGCAGGUUUCACUUGGAGGCAGCAAUGAUCGCAAAUCCUAGAUUACAAGCAUACAGGUAUGAUCCAUAUGACAAAAAGUUCACAAAAGAGUAUUACGAGCAUGAAGAAAUGCAAAGGAACAGGCUUAAAUCUAUAGAAUCUGCAAAGAAUGCUAAAGAUUUUGGUGUUGUCAUGGGAACAUUGGGAAGGCAAGGAAGUGUGAAAGUUGUGGAAAACUUGCAGAAGAAACUCAAGGAGCAUAAUAAAACAACCACUGUUAUUCUGUUGUCAGAAAUCUUUCCAGAUAAAUUGAAACUGUUCCAAUUGGAUGCGUAUGUGCAAAUCGCCUGUCCACGUCUUUCCAUUGAUUGGGGAAACGCCUUUGACAAGGCCUUGCUGACCCCAUAUGAAUUAGCGGUGUGCUUGGGAAAUGCCCCAUGGGUAUCCAAAGAAACCAACAACAGUUAUCCAAUGGACUUUUAUGCUAACGGCAGCCUGGGACCUUGGACUCCCAACCAUAAACCUUCCGAUGAUUUAAGUUUGAAGAAAUGUUGUGGAAAAUGUACUUAGUGUCCAAUAAAUUUUAUUCUCCUAAUAAUUGAUAGCUUUACUUAAAGCACUUGCUUCCUUAGCACUUAAUGGCUUUAAUCCAAAGCCCACU